AUGGAUAGUAGCACACCUGUUGGAGAAAUUCCUAAAAAGGCUGAAGAUGGCGGCGCUGCAGGUUCAUGCGUCAACAAGAUUCUGAAUGGACUGCAAGAAAUGGGAAUUGAAGAUCUCAAAGAAGCCUUUGAAUUAUUUGAUAAAAACCAUGAUGGCAAAAUCUCAGGAGACGAGCUUGGAUGCGUUCUGCGAAGCCUGGGUUUAGAGUACACACAGGAAGAAGUUGAUGAAAUGAUAAAAAAUGCAGACACAAACGAAAAUGGCUUCGUUGAAUAUGAUGAAUUUCUGGUGAUGAUGCAAAGGUUUUCCCAGCAACCACCAAAUCUUCCGAGCAUGGAUGAGAAAACACGCGAGGCAUUUCGCGUCUUCGAUUUGGACGGAAAUGGUUAUAUUGACAAGAACGAGUUGCGUCACGUAAUGAAACGACUUGGAGAGAAUCUUUCAGAGGAUGACGUUAAAGAAAUGUUUCGUGAAGCGGAUCUCAACAAUGAUGGAAAAAUAGAUUUUAAUGAAUUUCGUCAGCUGCUGGGUUCAUGCAAAUUGAAAUAA